UAAACAGAAUCCCGUGUGCUGCCAUGGACAGUGUGAAGAUGGAAUCUGUCCAGAUUAAAGAGGAGUUCCCUGAACUUGAACUGGUCCCCAUUAGAGUGGAGUUCUCUGGGCUGGCUUCCCUCCCCAUUAAACAGGAGCUCUGUGAGAUGCAAUGUGACAGCAGUCAGCCAGAGGUCUCUGACAUUAAAGCUGAGCACAUUGAAUUGGAGAUCCCCCAUACAGAAGAACCCCUUCCUGUUAAACAAGAAGAGGUGCUGGAAACUGUCCGUAUUAAAUGGGAGCCCCUUGAAGUAGAGUUUGAGCACAUGGAACCAGUGAAGGAAGAAUCUGAGGACUUCAAACCAAACAUCCCUGAGCAGGAGCCUGUACGCCUGCGGGAGUGUAGCGUGGUGCUGGAGAGAAUCUGCGUGAGAGAGCAAGGCGCUGGAGAGGAAGGCUCUCCCAACAGCAUGCAAGGAGGUGGAAAGGAAGACGGGCGCUCCCAUUCAGAAUGCAGUCUAGCAGGUUCCAGUCCAGCAGCUAAAGCGAGGGCGGGCGCUGGAGAAUAUCCUGACUGUGGGAAAGGUUUCACCCAGUUAGAGCAUUUUAAAACACACCAGCGAACUCACACAGGAGAGAAACCGUAUCACUGUUCUGACUGUGGGAAGAGUUUUAGUAGGUCAGGAAACAUGAAAGCACACCAGCGAAUUCACACAGGAGAAAAACCGUAUUGCUGCUCUGACUGUGGGAAGAGUUUCAGUCAGUCCGGACACCUUGUUUCACACCAGCAAAUUCACACAGGUGAGAAACCGUAUCGCUGCUCUGACUGUGGGAAGAGUUUCAUUAGGUCAAGAGACAUGAAAACACACCAGCAAAUUCACACAGGAGAGAAACCGUAUCGCUGCUCUGACUGUGGGAAGAGUUUCAGUUACUCAGGAGACAUGAAAAAACACCAGCGAAUUCACACAGGAGAGAAACCAUAUUCCUGCUCUGACUGUGGGAAGAGUUUCAGUCAGUCCGGACACCUUGUUUCGCACCAGCAAAUUCACACAGGAGAGAAACCGUAUCGCUGCUCUGACUGUGGGAAGAGUUUCAGUUACUCAGGAGACAUGAAAAAACACCAGCGAAUUCACACAGGAGAGAAACCAUAUUCCUGCUCUGACUGUGGGAAGAGUUUCAGUCAGUCCGGACACCUUGUUUCACACCAGCGAAUUCACACAGGAGAGAAACCGUAUCGCUGCUCUGACUGUGGGAAGAGUUUCAGUUACUCAGGAGACAUGAAAAAACACCAGCGAAUUCACACAGGAGAGAAACCAUAUCACUGUUCUGACUGUGGGAAGAGUUUCAGUCAUUCAAACAACCUUGUUUCGCACCAGCGAAUUCACACAGGAGAGAAACCGUAUCGCUGCUCUGACUGUGGGAAAAGGUUCCAUCUUAAACAAGGACUUCAAAAACACCAGCGAAUUCACACAGAAAAGAAACCGUAUCGUUGCUCUGACUGUGGAAAGAGUUUCAGUCAGUCAGGUACCCUGAAAACACACCAGCGAAUUCACACAGGAGAGAAACCGUAUUCCUGCACUCACUGUGGGAAGAGUUUCAGUCAGUCAAACAACCUUGUAUCACACCAGCGAAUUCACACAGGAGAGAAACCGUAUCGCUGCUCUGACUGUGGAAAGAGUUUCAGUCAGUCAAACAACCUUGUUUCACACCAGCAAAUUCACAGAGGAGAGAAACUGUAUUGCUGCUCUGAUUGUGGGAAGAGUUUCAGUUACUCAGGAACCCUGAAAGCACACCAGCAAAUUCACACAGGAGGGAAAACAUAUUGUUGCUCUGACUGUGGGAAGAGUUUCAGUCAUUCAAACAGCCUUCUUUUCCACCAGCGAAUUCACACGGGAGAGAAACCGUAUCGCUGCUCUGACUGCGGGAAGAGUUUCAGUUACUCAGGAGACAUGAAAGCACACCAGCGAAUUCACACAGGAGAAAAACCGUAUUGCUGCUCUGACUGUGGGAAGAGUUUCAGUCGGUCAAACAGCCUUGUUUCACACCAGCGAAUUCACACAGGAGAGAAACCAUAUCGCUGCUCCGACUGUGGGAAGAGUUUCAGUUAUUCAGGAAACCUGAAAACACACCAGCGCAUUCACACAGGAGAGAAACCGUAUUACUGCUCUGACUGUGGGAAGAGUUUCAAGCAUUUUAAAACACACCAGCGAACUCACACAAGAGAGAAACCGUAUCACUGUUCUGACUGUGGGAAGAGUUUUAGUAGGUCAGGAAACAUGAAAGCACACCAGCGAAUUCACACAGGAGAGCAACUGUAUCGCUGCUCUGACUGUGGGAAGAGUUUCAGUCAGUCAAACAACCUUGUUUCACACCAGAAAAUUCACACAGGAGAGAAACCGUAUCGCUGCUCUGACUGUGGGAAGAGUUUCAGUUACUCAGGAGACAUGAAAAAACACCAGCGAAUUCACACAGGAGAGAAACCAUAUUCCUGCUCUGACUGUGGGAAGAGUUUCAGUCAGCCCGGACACCUUGUUUCACACCAGCAAAUUCACACAGGAGAGAAACCGUAUCGCUGCUCUGACUGUGGGAAGAGUUUCAGUUACUCAGGAGACAUGAAAAAACACCAGCGAAUUCACACAGGAGAGAAACCGUAUCACUGCUCUGACUGUGGGAAGAGUUUCAGUUACUCAGGAGACAUGAAAAAACACCAGCGAAUUCACACAGGAGAGAAACCAUAUUCCUGCUCUGACUGUGGGAAGAGUUUCAGUCAUUCAAACAACCUUGUUUCGCACCAGCGAAUUCACACAGGAGAGAAACCGUAUUGCUGCUCUGACUGUGGGAAGAGUUUCAGUCAUUCAAACAACCUUGUUUCGCACCAGCGAAUUCACACAGGAGAGAAACCGUAUCGCUGCUCUGACUGUGGGAAGAGGUUCAGUCGGUCAGACAACCUUGUUUCGCACCAGCGAAUUCACACAGGAGAGAAACCGUAUCACUGCUCUGACUGUGGGAAGAGUUUCAGUUACUCAGGAGACAUGAAAAAACACCAGCGAAUUCACACAGGAGAGAAACCAUAUUCCUGCUCUGACUGUGGGAAGAGUUUCAGUCAUUCAAACAACCUUGUUUCGCACCAGCGAAUUCACACAGGAGAGAAACCGUAUUGCUGCUCUGACUGUGGGAAGAGUUUCAGUCAUUCAAACAACCUUGUUUCGCACCAGCGAAUUCACACAGGAGAGAAACCGUAUUGCUGCUCUGACUGUGGGAAGAGUUUCAGUCAUUCAAACAACCUUGUUUCGCACCAGCGAAUUCACACAGGAGAGAAACCGUAUCACUGCUCUGACUGUGGGAAGAGUUUCAGUUACUCAGGAGACAUGAAAGCACACCAGCGAAUUCACACAGGAGAGAAACCGUAUUGCUGCUCUGACUGUGGGAAGAGUUUCAGUCAUUCAAACAACCUUGUUUCGCACCAGCGAAUUCACACAGGAGAGAAACCGUAUUGCUGCUCUGACUGUGGGAAGAGUUUCAGUCAUUCAAACAACCUUGUUUCGCACCAGCGAAUUCACACAGGAGAGAAACCGUAUUGCUGCUCUGACUGUGGGAAGAGUUUCAGUCAUUCAAACAACCUUGUUUCGCACCAGCAAAUUCACACAGGAUUGAAACCGCAUCACUGCUCUGACUGUGGGAAGAGUUUCUGUUUUAAACAAGGAAACCUGAGAAUACACCAGCGAAUUCACACAGGAGAGAAACCGUAUUCCUGCUCUGACUGUGGGAAGAGUUUCAGUCUGUUAGGCAACCUUAAAACACACCAGCGAAUUCACACAGGAGAGAAACCGUAUCACUGCUCUGACUGUGGGAAGAGUUUCAGUUAUUCAGGAAACCUGAGAAUACACCAGCGAAUUCACACAGGAGAGAAACAGUACCACUGCUUUGACUGUGGGAAGAGUUUCUGUUUUAAACAAGGCCUUCAGAAACACCAGCAAAUUCACAGAAGAGAGAAACCUUAAAGACUAUGUUAAUUGGGACUGUUCUAUCAUGAAGAAAAAAUGUUAACCUUGCAUUAUGAAUUUGAAACAAAAACACUUUGGAAAUGUGAAAAAAGUUCUCAAAAGUACCCAGCCAUUUAAAGUAGAGAUAUCAAAAACACAAGACAAGUUUCAAAAAACCAUUGGGGCAACCUUGCUCAGCAGAAAACAAACAGGCACAACUGUAAAACCGAUGAGGUCCAAGGUUGCCCCAGUUGUUUCUUCUAACUUGUAUCAAAAACACAAGUUAACUUGGAAGAAACAAUUGGGGCAACCUUGGCCAGCACCAAGCAAACAGGCACAACUAUCAAAGGUGGGGGCCAAGGUUGCCCCAAUUUCACAACUAACACAUUUCUCAGUUUUAAUUCAGAAACCAAGUGUUUCUACUAACUUGGCUUGUGUUUUUCAGACACAGUAAAAGCAGAUCAAAUGCAUGAAACAAUUGGUUUCUGAAUUAAAACUGAGAAAUGUGUUAAUUGUGAAAUUAAUUUAUAAAGGAGGGACGAAAAGUCAGACGAAAACCAGAAGCCCAAAUAUUAUGUAAUGCAAUGUAAGGUCUCUCUGAGAAUUAUUAUUUUUUUUU